UCAAAAUUGAAAAACUGAAAAUUUCUUCAGUUGAAGGCACCCUAAUAGACCAAUCAAAAUAUUAGUAAUAAAAUAAAUAAAAUAUUAAAUGGAAUAACUAGGCGACAUCAACGACUAUAGUAAAAUCUGACUCUGAAAGGUAGAAGAAAAACUGGACACAUAAUGUUUCUGAAAAUAAUUGAGGAGAUAUGGCCAUUUCACACAUUGUUUUUGCUGAAGCUAAACUCAGAUUCUAUCAAAUUCUUUCUCAGAAAAAUAUACACUGUUUUUCCUUGGACCAUGGCGGCAUAUGCAGCCUUGGUUUCUCUUAUGCAUAUCGUCGAUACAAUCGAGCAUCACCAUUCCCCUCCAAUUUCUAUCCACAAACAACAACUUGAAUCUCUCACUCAAAUUAUUAGCUUUUUGCAGGAAUUUCUUGAUGGUUAUAAGUCCCCUGUUGCAGACGGAGAUGAAGCUGAUCCGCUGGAGAUGCGUAUCGCAGAUGCCGCUUAUGCGGCUGAAGAUGCUAUCGAAUCUCAUAUUGUGGACGUGAUUAAACUGGGUAUAUCUACUUCCAAUGAAGUCAGUUUCUUCUAUGAAGAUCUACAGCAAGUGAUUGAAGAACUGAAUGUGAUCAAGAAGGAAGCCAUAGAAUCUUCAGCUGAAGCUCAGCUGCAGAGAAAGGUCUCCUCGACUCAUGCUGGCUCCUUGACAUCCUCUUCCAAUGUGAAGGAAAGCAUGAUGGUGGGCUUUGAUGACGUGCAACUUCAACUCUUGGAUUGGCUCACUGGAGGGAACUGUAAACGCCAAAUCAUCUCUAUUGUAGGGAUGGGCGGGAUUGGUAAGACCACUCUUGCCAGACAUAUAUUUGAGCAUGCCAUCGUUAAGGAGAAUUUUGAUAUUCGGCUCAUUUACACCCCUAAUCUAAGUUCAGUAAAUGUACAAAGUGAUAGGAUUUUCACCAUUCACACAGUUCUUAAUUGUUUAAUAAGUUCUCAACCACAUAUUCAAACUCUAUGGGCCUGCUAUCAUUUAGCAACAGUGGCAUGCAUGAUAUAUGAGAAAUACUAUAUGUUUACUAUACCAAACAUUAAAAAAGUUUCUAUGAUAGUGUUCUUGUGGAUAGAUUACUUGCGUUUUGAUGUUUGUGCUUGGGCUACUAUAUCUCAACAAUACAACACAAGGGAAAUUCUUUGUGAACUUGUUUCUCAAGCCACUAAUAAAAGCAAAGAACAACUGAGUGAAAAGAGUGAAGAUGAACUAGGAUUAGAGCUCUACCAGCAUUUGAUAGGUAGAAGGUUUCUAAUUGUGAUGGAUGAUAUGUGGAGUAUCGAUGCUUGGGAUAGGAUACAGCGUUUCUUUCCCGAAAAUGAGAACUGUAGUCGGAUAUUAGUGACGACUAGGCUUUUACACUUGAGUUCCCAAUUGAACAACAAUUAUAGCCUUCAAAUGGAAUUUUUAGAUGAGGUUAGAAGCGGGGAACUGUUCUCAAAAACUGUGUUUGGGGUUGGAAGUUGCCCUCAUGAGUUAGAGAAAAUUGGAAAGAAAAUUGUAGAGAAUUGCAGAGGACUUCCUUUAUCAAUUGUUGUAGUGGCGGGUAUUUUGAGAAAUAGGGAACACACUCUAGGUGUUUGGGAAUCAAUUAGUCAGAACUUAGCUUCAGAAGUGAAUUUGGAUAAUGAAAAGUUUUGCAUGGAACUGUUGAAAAUGAGCUAUAAUAAUUUGCCAGUUUAUUUAAAGCCAUGUUUUUUGUAUAUGAGAGUGUUUGAGGAGGAUGAUUCGGUUAGAGUCUCAACACUCGUGAAGCUAUGGGUUUCUGAAGGAUUUUUAAAACCCAUGAAUGGCAAAAGUUUGGAAACUAUUGCCAUAGAAUUCUUAAAGGACUUGGUUGAUAGAAAUCUCAUUCUAGUUGGUGAAGUGGGGAAGACAGGAAACAUAAAAUUAGUCAAAAUUCAUGAUUUGUUGAGGGAUUUAUGCUUGAACCAGAGCAAGAAAGAUGGGUUCUAUCAUGUGAUAGGGCAAUCUAGUCCUCGAGGCAUGAGUAGCCAACGCCGCGUUGUUAUACCAAGGAACAUGCCUAAGAAGAAAGUCCUUGACGACUUGCAGUCUAUGCCACGUGCUCGUUCCAUCAUCAGUGAAUAUGUGUAUGUCUCUUUGCGUAUUGAGAAUGGGAGCAUCUUGCGUAUUAAGAAUUCCGGGUUGCUUAGAACAUUACAUGCAUACAGAAAGUUUGGUUACUUUGGAGAUGGAAGCUACGUCGUCAAGUCCCUUGUGUCUCGGUAUGUUAACUUGCGCCACCUUGUUGUUAAAGUUGGUAGCAUGUCCUCGAUCUUUACCUCGUUUACUCGCUUCUGGAAUCUCCACAUAUUGAUUGUUUCUUGUUGGAAUGAGUUCACUGCACCUGCUGAGAUUUGGAGAAUGCCACAACUUAGGCAUAUUGAAAUGAUUAGAGGAAGAUUUUAUCUUCCAGAACCUUCGAGUGAUGAUGUCGUCGUCAUGGAGAAUCUACUGGUGCUUGACGGAAUAGCAAAUUUCAAGUGCAAUGAAGAGGUGGUUAAAAGAAUUCCCAAAUAUCAAAAAAUUGAGGAUAGAGUAUUAGCUGCUCCGUAUGCGCUCACAUUCCCCCAAAGCCUCAAGAAGUUGACUCUUGAGAUGAAUCGUGGCUUUGAAUGGGAAAAAAUAUUGGAAAAGAUAGGUUCAAUGCCCCUUCUCGAGAAGUUCAAGUUGUUGGAGGGAUGCUUUGAAACAGGCAAGUGGGAAAUGGUUGAAGGCCAAUUCCCUUCCCUCAAAUACUUGGAAUUGUUUGCGUGUCUUAAUUUGAAGCAUUGGACUGCGGAAUCGAGUUCCAUCUUUCCACGCCUUGAGAAGCUUAGUCUUGAUCUUAUGGAAGAGUUGAAGGAGAUCCCGACUCAAAUUGGAGACAUACCGACGCUGCAAAAGAUAUGGGUGAACUAUUGUGGCGAAUCUGCUGUGAUGUGCGCAAAGGAGAUCGUAGAGGAACAAGUGGAAUUACAAGGGGAAGAUCUUCCAUUUCGUGUUAAAGUUUGGAUUCCGCGUGAGAACGAAGCAGUGCAGAGCUUGGCAGGCCCCAACUUCGAAGUUAUAUUACUGGGAUUCACCAUUUUUCUUCAACAAUCUCUAUCAUCUCCAAGUUUCACUAUGAACACACCAAAGAAGAAAGUUCUUGACAACUUGCAGUCUAUGCCACGUGCUCGUUCCAUUAUCAGUGAAUAUGGGAAUGUCCCGCGUAUUAAGCAUUCCGGGUUGCUUAGAACAUUACAUGCAUACAAGUUUCCUUAUUUUGAAGAUGAAAGCCACGUGAUCAAGUCCCUUGCGUCUCAGUAUGUUAACUUGCGCCACCUUGCUGUUGAAGUUGGUAGCAUGUCCUCAAUCUUUACCUCGUUUACUCGCCUCUGGAAUCUGCACAUAUUGAUUGUUUCUUGUUUUGAGGAGUUCACUGCACCUGCUGAGAUUUGGAGAAUGCCACAACUUAGGCAUAUUGAAAUGACUGAAAGAAACUUUUAUCUUCCAGAACCUUCGAGCGAUGAUGUCGUCGUCAUGGAGAAUCUACUGGUUCUUGAGAGAAUAGCAAAUUUCAAGUGCAGUGAAGAGGUGGUUAAGAGAAUUCCCAAUAUCAAAAAAUUGGUUCUUGAUUAUUUUGGGAGUGGGGGAAUCGAGCAAGAUGAUUAUUAUUGUCUGAACAAUAUCAAACGUCUGUGUAAAUUGGAAUCCCUCCACGUUGAUUGUUGGUUUGAUUUUAGAGCUGCUCCGUAUGCGCUCACAUUCCCCCAAAGCCUCAAGAAGUUGACUCUUGAGAUGAAUCGUAGCUUGGAAUGGGAAAAAAUAUUGGAAAAGAUAGGUUCAAUGCCCCUUCUCGAGAAGUUCAUGUUGUGGAACGGGUGCUUUGGAACAGGCAAGUGGGAAAUGGUUGAAGGCCAGUUCCCUUCCCUCAAAUACUUGGAAUUGCAUCGGUGUCCCAGUUUGAAGCAUUGGACUGCGGAAUCGAACUCCAUCUUUCCACGCCUUGAGAAGCUUGAUCUUUUUGAUAUGCGACAGUUGAAGGAGAUCCCGACUCAAAUUGGAGACAUACCGACGCUGCAAAAGAUAUGGAUGAGGGAUUGUGGCGAAUCUGCUGUGAUGUGGGCAAAGGAGAUCGUAGAGGAACAAGGGGAAUUACAAGGGGAAGAUCUUCCAUUUCAUGUUCAAGUUUUCCUUUGGCGUGAGAACGAAGCAGUGCAGAUCGAGCUUGGCAGGCCCCAACUUCGAAGUUAUAUGUAG